AUGUUUGCCAAAACUGAAGAUAGUCCAGAACAGAAACAAGUGCUGCAACAUUUAAAGGAAUUGUUCUAUACGACACCACUUUGGAAAUUGCGGAAAGUUUGUGUUGCAAAUGAUUGGAAUUUGGAAUUGUGCUUGAACCAAAUGACCAACACGGAGGGUAAUCUCCAUUCAACUACUACCGACGAGGCCAAAGGGGAAAGCGUUUUCAACCCAAAUGAAGUUGCUCCAAAGCCAUCUCGCAAAGAAAUCGAACCAUUGUCCGCUCAGGAACAGAAAGUUGGUAAUUUGAUUAAGAACGGAUACCGCGUCAUGGUACUAAUGCGUGGACUUCCUGGAGUAGGAAAAACACAUUCCGCUCGAGCUUUAGUAAAGAACUAUGUCGAUUUACAACCACCAUUUUGUUAUGUUGGGGACUUUAUUUUUAGCACCGAUGACUACUUUUGCAAUUCUAAAGGGGUCUACAAGUACAAUGUAAAUUUCCUGUCUGAGGCCCAUGAAUUUAAUCAAUCUCGAGUCCGUGAAAAAGCCAUUAGUGGACUUAGCCCAAUUAUUGUGGACAAUACAAAUAUGAAAGCUUGGGAGAUGUUACCGUACGUCAAGUGUGCGGUAGAAAACGGAUAUUUAAUUGAAAUCGUUGAACCGAAACCCUCAUGGGGCAAAUGUGCAUAUAAGUUGUCUCAACGUAACAUGCACGGAGUACCGGCAGAUAAAAUUCGACAAAUGAUGGAUAAAUAUGAGAAAACAAACGUACCGGAGUUAUUGAAGAUGCUCAAAACAACUAAGUACAAAGUCAGUUUGCCACAAUAUCGCCUUCUCCCACCGAUAGAUAACGUGGUCCUAUCAAAUACCAAAGAAAAGGACAAAAGUAAUGUUGGAGAAGAAUCUGUUAGAACAGAACUGUCACCGCCCAAAGAAUCAGGGACAUCAACCUGGACUUCAUAUGACACAAAUGCACCAAAGGGCCAGCGAAAGAAAUUCAAGACAAGUCUAUCUCCUCCGAAACAACAAAAGAAUAUCCAAGCGGAACAUAAAACGCAAUCACCACAGUCGUCUUCGUCCGAAUCACCGAAAAAGUCUUCUUCUGACAGAGAUGUAUAUAGUUUGUUGGAGCAAAAAUUAUCUAAUGUUUGGAAGCCUUACGAAGCCGAGUCGGUUGACUUUUGGGGCAUCGAUCCGCAUGCUGCCAAAUUAAAGUCCUCAAUAGAGAAAAAUAAAACAAACGAAAGUACGAAUGGAGGAAGGUCAUUAAUAGACCUUUUGCGGGACCAGGAUGCAGAUAAGGAAGUAGUGGAAACAAACAUUAAAGAAAAUGAGGAAGUAGAACAGAACAUGGCAUCCUCAACUACCUUUAAUCGUCACAGCGUUGAUUGCCCCAAUGAAAAUGUCUCAUUUGUCACCUUGAGACAAAUAUAUCCUAAUAAAGAAGUGUGCGGAUUGUGGGAUCUCUUUGUGAAAUGUAACGGUGAUAUAGAUUGGGCGGUGGAUAUAUUGUUAAAAGAAGAUGAAUUGGCCAAAUUACGAGGCGACACUGAAUUACAGGUUUACAACAAUGAAUUUGACGACUUUGUGUGUUCAUGCAGACUACCCAAAGAUGAAACGCAAGUUCUAAAACCCGAUAGAGAGUACAUAACAUCACAAAUCGAUGCAAAAGUGCAAAAUACUGAUGACAAAGAUUCAAAGUUUUCUCAGAAGCCACAACGUCCCAGGUUCGCACGACCGAAACAGAUAUCCGAUCCCAGCCUUUUAGAAGUAAAGGAAAAUAUAGAAAACUGUUUUGUACUAGGAGAUGAUCACUAUUCUAAACAUAUUUUGAAAAUUCGGAAUUCUCGAAAUGGUAUCACAUCUGGGGAUGCAACUUCUUCCAUCGUGACAACCCAAGAUAGCAUAGAUAAUGGCGACAAUCAAGUAGAUUCUCCCAACGGUGAAAAUGACGACGACGACGAUAUUGGGAAUGAUAAUAACGAAGAUGAAGCCAUGUUGGAAAUGUCCCUUGGUGAACAUUUAGUUCAGCAGUUACUCGACAACUUUCGCAAUGAAUCUUCCUUCGAGGAACAAAUACCCUCAACACUGCCACUUAAUUUAAAAGUGUUUAUGCCGCGUUCGUUGGCAAAACAAUUGUACAUGUUGUGGAUGGAAUCCGCGUAUAAUCAUUUGGAAGAGGAACGCCAGCAAAUGGUACGCGAAGAUGAGGAUUUCGCUCGAUUGCUUAAACACCCUAAAUAUUCAGAGUACAAACAAUCCCCAAGCAACAUACGUGAAAUGUUAGAUAUUGAGUAUGCAUGGAAUCUGUACAAAAGGGAUAAAGAGGAAUUUGAUUUACAAAGGAGUGAAAUGGAAAAGUUAUCGCAACCCACUGACUUGGCCGCACAUCUGACACAAAUGAAACUAUGUGAAACGUUUCCAGACAUUCCACGUGAGACACUGCUUGAUAUUCUUUCGUCAACGGAUAACAAUUACAAAGAAACUGUAUCUAUACUACAAAGUACCAUGAACGAUCCUGAGGUCGCGGACACUCAAUUGGAGCGCAACGUAAGUUAUUACAAAUUAUUAUUUAUUAUUUACGAACAUUAAAACGGGUUUUCCAAAAUUUCACAGCAAAAUACAAACAUUCAACAAAAACAAAGUCAGUCAAACGUCAACGAUUGGGAUGACAACGAUAAUACUAUUCGAGAUUCUUCGUUCUCGCCCGAAGCGGCGAAACGUCUUGCGCUCAUGGAAUUUGAAGAAGCUCGAAACCUUGCUGCUCAUCACUGUCAAUUGCGUGCCGAAUGUUACCAAAAAGCAAAAGAAGCCAUCCAAGCUGGUAAUGGCGGCGCUGGACUUUACUAUUCGCAGAUAGCAAACUUGCAUAAACAGAAAAUUGAUAUGUACAACCAUCGUGCUGCAAACUGUAUAAUGAGCGUCCAUAAAUAUACCCAAAACAAUCCCGAUCAUUUAGAUCUCCACUAUUUUCAUCUCAUGGAAGCGAUGGCAUGCUUAGAUCUGUUCCUAGAUCGUCACAUUACAUCAUUGCGUUCGGCUUCCAGAAACUAUAAAUACGUAUUUAUAAUUACUGGUCGCGGAAAGCACAGUGCUGGUGGUGUUUCGGUCAUCAAGAGCAAAGUGAAGGGACGACUUGAGGAACGAUGUCUUAAAUGGAGCGAAGUUAAUCCCGGUUUGUUGAAAGUAAAAGUAUUUUCCAGUUCACGCCAUUCGCAGAAUUUCUGACCAAGGCAGGUAUAUACAUCGAUUGGUACUU